AUGUUGUUCUUGUUGGAUCAGUUUUGGCAAGUAAAAGUAGUGCAGUUUCGUGGUAGCCUUGUCUCAAGGACGUAUACAGAAGUCUCGAUUUCAACUGUAUCAAGCGUUGGAGUCUCCUAUUUUACACUGAGUAUAAAAGGCGUUGGUUACGAUAUCACACAGCACAGUCACACUGAACCUCAACCAGUAAACAAUCCCGCUCCAAUAAUGGCGUUCAAAUUUGUUCUGUUCGCUACUCUGGUAGCUGCCGCCAGCGCUGGUCUGCUUCCUGUGGCUCACCAUGGAUCGAUCGCCACGUCGCACUCCACCAUCCAGCACCAUGCUGCUCCCGCUAUCCAACAUGUCGGAUCGGUCCACGCCGCUCCGGCUAUCUACCAACACUCGGCCCCGACUAUCUACCAGCACUCGGCCCCGGCUAUCUACCAGCACUCGGCCCCGGCUAUCGUCAAGACCAUUGCUCAGCCCACGAUCAUCAAGUCUGUAGAGCACCACGCUCCGGCCAACUACGAGUUCUCGUACUCCGUCCAUGACGAGCACACCGGAGACAUCAAGAGCCAGCACGAAACUCGCCACGGAGACGAAGUCCACGGACAGUACUCGCUGUUGGACUCCGACGGUCACCAGCGCAUCGUCGACUACCAUGCUGAUCAUCACACCGGAUUCAACGCCGUCGUGCGCCGUGAGCCCUCGGCUGUGAAGAUCGCUCAGCCCGUGCACAAGGUGAUCGCCCAGCCCGUGCAUGUGUCCAGCUAUGCCCAUGCUCCAGUAGCUCACGCCACUGUCCAGCACCACCAUGCUGCCCCGAUCGCGCACUACUCCGCACCGAUCGCGCACCAUGCUGCUCCGAUCGCGCACUAUGCUGCCCCGAUCGCGCACCACGCUGCUCCGAUCGCGCACUCAACCUCCAGCAUCGUCCAUGGACCGAGCCAUCUGAGCCAUCACCAUUACUAA